UCAGAGGAAGCAGAUGACGACGACGACCCUGAAUACAACUUCCUUGACGACAUGGAUGAACCUGACCUGGAAGACUACAGGACUGACCGGGCCGUCCAGAUCACCAAGAGGGAAGUGAACGAGCUGCUGGAGGAGCUCUUUGAUACGCUCCAGCAGAAGGAGAUAGCAGCUGAGGAGCAGGAGCAGGGGGACGAAGAAGAUGCCCUGUCACAGACUGGACCCAAAUUCAAUGUCCCCCAGGCCUUACGUUUUGAGGCGCCAUUAGCUGGCAUGUUAACUGAGCGACGGCGAACAGUAAGAAAACAGUACGAAGCUCUGCAGCAGAGGAGGGCCCUGCAGGACACAACCAAUCAUCACCGUGACAACAUACACUUGAAAGACACACCCAGCCCACAACCCAACACCACCACACCUGUCUUAGUGCUGCCGAGCCGGGUGUGCCCCGCCCUCUACUUGGACUUCACCCAGAAACUGCAGCUGCAGCAGCAGAUACAGCAGGUUGUAAGACAACCCAAGCCAUGUUGUUACUACUCUAUGACUCAUUCUGACAUCACCUUCCCCUCAGCUGGUUUCUGUUCCUGGAAUACUAAACACUACCUGGAGGAGUUGCAGCAGUUUGCCAGCCAUCAGGAGGAGGUGUGCCUAGCCAGUAGUUUCAGAGUGUGUAACCUCCAGGGGGCGCUGGAUCUCCUGCAGGAGGUGGAGCAGAGAGAGGAGCCUCCUCCUGCUCCUCCUGCUCCUGCUGCCUCCAGACGAUGGCUCCCAAGGAUGACUCCUGCUACCAACAGCCACGCCUUCCCUCUGCUGCCUGCUGACACCGCCUGGCUGUUCGCCACCAGACCCAUCUUCCUCUACCCGGAACUGCUUCCUGUCUGUAGCUUGGACCCUGCUCUCCACAGUCAACACCAAAGGAGUGUUUACACUGCAGGAGAGGACGGGCUGAUCGUUCUGGGUCUGAAGCACUUCGAGGGAGCGGUCCAGUCGGAUCAGCUGAUCAGCUCGUACCUGCUGUGUAAGAAUCGAUGGAACUUCCGGAAACACAUCAGAGAGAUGAGCGGCCCACGAGCGCCGCAAAACAACAUCAUCAAGAUGUUCCUGACGCAGCAAAUUGUCCCCCCGCUGCCGCUUGCCUGCAGCAGAGUUCAGCCAGGAGACCAGCGCCCCCCAGUGGAUAAAAACACCUCCAACAUGCCCAACUGGCUCAAGAACAGUCAGCAGAUAAUCCAGAAGACCCGACAGCGCUCCACCUGUUGCCCCCCUUCCCUCCCCCUGGGUUGCACCCUCAGGCUCCACCCCUAUUGGCUCAACAAGACAUACCGCCCACCCCCUACCCCCCACAGACGCCUCUUCACCCUGGCCCACAAUGCAUCUCUGCUGCCACUCGCUAAAGCCCCGGCAGGCAAACAGGUGGACAGACCAGAAGACAAACAGGUAGAGAGACAGGUAGACGUGCAGCCAAUCAGCUAUCUCUCUCUGCCUCCUCCAGAUGUCACGUUACUCUCGGACUCUCCUGUUCUUUCAGGAGCCCUUCCGUUGGCUCCGCCUCCAAUCUGUGGAACCGUCCCACUAGCUGCUGUUCAUCCAGUCCCCGCGCACUCUGUGUGUUCUGACGUCAUCCGGUCCCGCCAUCCUAUUGGCUCAGGCAUGCAGCAGAGUGUUUCUAGGCAACAAACCGCCCCUCUCCCGCUACUCCUCCCCCUUCCCUCCCUGUCCAACCACGACACUGCAAAUCCCAUCAUGCCUUGCUCAGCUGGCACCAUGAAGCUGGGCUACUUCCUCCUCCAGAUAAAGAGUUUGACACCACCGGCUCCACCCACCGCCACUUCCCAAAAUGCUCUUGGGCCGCAGCUUCGCAGACCAAUCAAAGAGGAACAGGAUGAGGUCGAUCAGACCUUCACAGGGCCCCACCCCCCACAAGAGGAGGAGAGACAGGUGGAGGAGGAGAGACAGGUGGAGGAGGAGAGACAGGUGGAGCUGGAGAGACAGGUGGAGAAGGAAAAUUCAGCUUCAACAUCAAUGCUGAGCCCGCUGUCAAAGGAGGAGAAGAGGAGCUAUGCAGCGACUGAGGGUGAGGCGCAGGAAGAGAACCGGGAGGACUGGACUGUUGUGGGUCUGGUCAGUUUGAACGGCGGAGAUAAUACUGGUGGAGAGGAGGAAGAGGGGAGAGAGGGAGUAGGUUCAGGAGGAGGUGGAGAGGAGGAAGCAGGAGAGAAGGAUAAGGAUGAAGAUCAGGACCGACAGGGUGAGGAGGAGGAGGAGGAGGACUUUGAUGACCUCACACAGGAUGAAGAUGAGGAGGAAGUGAUGUCAUCAGCGUCGGAAGAGUCGGUGCUUUCUGUUCCAGAAUUACAGGAGACCAUGAAACAGCUGACCUGGCUGGCGGCUGAGAGGCGUCUCUGUGCAGACGGAGACUCAGAAGAGGAUCACUCUCCGAUUUCCCCCGGCUCUCAGGAGGAGGAGGAGGAGGAGGAAGAGGAGGGGCCUAAAGGGGAGGAGUCAGGAGAGGGGAGGACCAGUAAGGUGAGAGAAGACGAGGAGACACCAUCAGGAGAGGGGACGCCCAGAGGAGGAGGGAGGUGUCCUGGACGAGGACGAGGUCGAACCCGACCGCUUCGUGGCCUGAGGAGGGGUCGUCAGGAGCGUUGCAGCAAAGACGCUGCAAAACUGCUGCUGCUGUUCGACGAGAACAUCCUGGACAACGACCCGCACCGAGAGAGCAAAGAUGUGGCAUUCGCUCAGAGCUACCUGAGCAGGGUACGUGAGGCGCUGCAGGAUGUACCAGAGCAGGUGGAGGAGUUUGUGUCUCUGCUGAAUGAGUUCGAGCAGGUGGGAGAAGGAAGGGAAGUGGUGUUGCUGUUCAGGAAGCUGCGAUGUAUCCUUGGAGAUCGGACAGACCUCCUCCGAGACUUUGCCGCAUUCCUGCAUCCUGAGCAGGCGCUGCAGUGUGGACUGUUUGAGGAGCAGCAGGCAUUUGAACGCAGCCGUCGUUUCCUGCGACAGCUGGAGAUAAGUUUUGGAGAUAAUCCAUCACAUUAUCAGAAAAUCAUCAAAGCUCUUCAGACCGGUCCGGACCUGAGUCCAACCAGCAUCCACGAGCUGAAAGCACAGAUGGCCACGCUGCUAAAAGGUCACACCCAUCUACAAGCUGAAUUCUGGGUAUUUUUUGAUGAGCUUCGACCCCCUCCGGCCCGUCCCAGACAGUUUGAAGAAGCUCAUUGGCCAGAGGAGGGAGGGGGCGGGUCAGACGGCGGAGAUGGUAUUGGCCAAGUGUCAGGAGGUGGAGUCGGUGGUGGCUUUGAGGAAGUGACGCUCCCAGAGCUUGAAGAGGAAGAGGGGCAUAAAAUCCAACCAAUGACAAGCCGGCGUCAGAGGAGGAAGAUGGACGCCCACAGAAACUACAAGGACUGUGAUUGGUCGGACAAAGACUGGCCCUGUCCCUGUCGUGAUGCAAAGAUCCGUAGACACAGGAGGAAAGGAUGCUCUCACUGCCAUGGCAAUAAGACCUCAGGGGGCGUGUCCAGAGCGAUGAAGAGCCUGGACCCUCUGUACUCUCAGAUAAGCUCCGCCCGCGGUGAACCAGGUGACAAAUAUCUGGACCUGAAGGGGGACGAUGACAGUCCACAACCAGAUCGAAGCGGUGCAUCAUGGGAAGGCUCAUUUCCUCUGACUGAUGAGAAGGAGGAGGAGGAGGAGGAAGAGCUGGAUGAUGAGGAGGACGAUGAAGAAGAGGAGGAGAGGAAGAGCAUUGACAAGGAGCAAAGCCCAACAGUGAAGAGGAGCAGGAGAGAGGAGGCACUACAACCCCCGUCUGUCACCCCCACCUCCUCCUCUAUUACUUCCUCCAUCUCUUCUACCACUGCCAGUACCUCCUCCAUUUCUGCCUCUGCUGUCACCACCACCUCCAUUUUCUCCGACACAGCUAUCUGCUCCUCCACCACCUCCUCCACUUCUUCUGUCACCUCCUCCACCACCUCCUCUAUCUCCACAUCCUCCACUUCUUCUGUCACCUCCUCCAUCUUCACUUCUAUAUCAGUUACCUCUCUCUCCUCCUCUCCCGCUGUCUGCACCUCCUCUAUCAUCUCCCCCUCAGCUUCUCACAUCUCUCCAUCUGUAUGCGCCUCCUCCUCUGCCCUCUCCACCCUGUCAUCCUCCUCUGUUCCUCCUCGUCCCAGUCCUCCUCCUGACCUCCCCGUCUGUGCCAAGAACAUUUCUCUGACAGCAAGUGGAGAGAAAGUCAUCCUCUGGACCAGAGAAGCAGAUCGGGUCAUCUUGACGACAUGUCAGCAGGAAGGAGCCAAUCAAAACACGUUCCAGGCCAUCUCUACUCUGCUUGGCAACAAGACUCCCAGUGAGGUGUCUCGCAGGUUCCGGGAUUUGAUGCGUUUGUUUCGGACGUCGGCUCGUCAGACCAGCUCUGAGGACGAGGCUCUACCCACUGUGCCAGCAGCAGCAGCUAAUGAGGAAGAAGAAUGAUAUUAACCAAUCAGAAGAGCUGCAAUAGCCGAUUUCAAUGACUUUUAUUGUGAACAGGUUCAUUAAAGGUAACGUGUUUACUGUACAUGAAAAAAAUGUAAAUAUGAAACGUUAUGAUUAUUUAAUGCUUUUGUAAAAUGUGACAGAGGAUUUUUUUUUACAAUAAAACUU